GAAUCUUAACUCUUUCAUGUAGAAAGGGUUGUCACCUUCGCGUGGGCCUGUCAAGACCCAAUACAGUAAGACGCGUCGCGUUUUCUAAUCAACGGUCCUUCCUCGCGCCAAUCGUCCGCCAACCCCCGCCAAUUCCGGCCGGUUUGUCCACCACCUGCCACCACCAAGAUUCUCCGAUGACUAAAUUGGGGUCUGGAACCGACGCUCAAAUCCGAGAUCCGAUCUCCAGCGACGAGCGCGAUGCCCGACCGCACCCCCGACAGCGGGUCGCUCGAGGACGAGCCCCUCCCUGUCCCCCCCUCUUCGCGACACCCCGCCAACCGGCCUGCCAGCAUCAUUCAUGGGGCUGACCCUUUCAGCUCCCUUCGACUAAGAGGCGGUGAUAGUUCGCUUGGAUAUGACCAAGACGAGGACGAGGCAUCCUCAGCGGAGGACGAUGUCGCACCUCCCCCCCGGCGCACGGCGGUAUCACGGCCACGAAAUGGUCCGGCAAUUUCUGGGUUUCAACCAGGCGCUAUCGUCCGUGUCAAGGUUGAGAACUUUGUAACAUACGAGGAGGCCGAGUUCUUCCUCGGCCCUAACCUAAAUAUGGUCAUCGGGCCUAACGGCACGGGGAAAAGCUCGCUCGUUUGCGCUAUCUGUUUGGGAUUGGGUUACUCCUCGAGCGUCCUGGGUCGAGCGAGCGCUUUUGGGGAGUUCGUCAAGCACGGCAAGGACGAAGCCGGGAUUGAGGUCGAGUUGCAGAAGCUACCAGAACACUCGGAAAAUCCCAUCGUUGGGCUCUCCAUUCGACGAGAAGACAACAGCAGGAAAUUUACAAUUAAUGGGCAGAGGGCGUCGCACAAGGAGAUCCAGAAGCUCAUGCGGUCACUCAAGAUACAGAUCGACAAUCUGUGCCAGUUUUUGCCUCAAGACAAGGUUGCCGAAUUCGCUGCCCUCACACCGAUUGAGUUACUCGAGAAGACCCUCCAUGCGGCCGCGCCAGAGGAGAUGCUAAGUUGGCGAGCCCAGCUCAAGGAUCAUUUCAAGUUGCAGAAGGAUACCGAGCACAACGGCGAAAAGAUCCGUGAGGAGCUCCGCAAGAUGGAGGCCCGCCAGCAGGUCCUCCAGGCCGAUGUCGAAAAGCUGCGGGAAAGAAAGGCAAUCCAGGAGGCGAUUGAAGAUUACAACAAGCUGCGGGUGGUGGUCAAGUAUUAUGACGCCCGAAACAGGUUCAAGGAGGCAAAGGUGCGAAAAGUCGACGCCGAGCGUUCCCUCAAGCGACUCUACGACAGCGUCGCCCCUGCGCUUGAAGCCGUCAACAGCAAGCAGGAAUACCAGGCCAAGGUUAAGCUGGUCGUGGCCGACAGGCAACGCCGACUCCAGACAGCCGAUGCUGCCGCCAAUACGGCGAUUGGCCAAGUCGAAGCCGUCCAGGCCAGGUGUCAAGAGCUGGCUGGGCGGAAGGAGGCCGAGCAUUCGAAUUUUGUGGCCAAAAAACAGGAGCUCGGCCGUCUCCGGAAAAAAAUCACCGAUUUAGAAGCCAGCCAUCGCCAGGCACCCCCAGAGUUCGAUGCUGCCGACUGGAACAGAAAAAUCAGAGAACAAGAGCAUCAAGGGCGUGAAAAGGAGGCAGCAAGGAUCGAGACAGGAGAAGAAAUCCAACGAAUACGGCACAAGGCAGGCGAAAUUCGAGAACAGUUGUCAAGGCUGCAAACCAGUGAGCAGGAACUGGAUUCGCAGCAAGGCCAGCUACUCACUCAAUUGAGGAGGAUUAAUAACGAUGUUGCCAAGGGUUGGGAGUGGUUGAAGGACAACCAACAGAGCUUUGAGAAGGAGGUCUUCGGCCCUCCCAUGCUCACGUGUUCUGUCAGGGACAAGCGGUACACCGACCUUGUUCAGUCCAUCCUCCAAGCAGACGACUUCCUGUGCUUCACGGCGCAGACGAAAGAGGACCACAAAAAGCUCAGCAACCAAUUCUACGGCGAGAUGGGGCUUUCUGUAACGAUCCGCUCUUGUUUCACACAAUACAGCACGUUCAAGCCGCCUUUGGUCAAGGAGGAGUUGUCUAGUCUGGGCUUCGACGGCUAUGUCAGCGACUAUCUCGAUGGGCCGGAGCCGGUGCUCGCUAUGCUUUGCUCCGAAAGGAAGAUGCACGCAUCAGCCGUGUCCAUUCGAGACAUUACCGACGAGCAGUUCGACCAAAUCCAGCGGGCCGAGAAACUCAUACAGUUUGCUGCGGGGAGGCAGCUGUAUCGUAUCACACGCAGGAGAGAGUAUGGUCCAGGUGCCGUCUCCACGCGAGUCACCCAAUUCGCCAAGGGCCGCUUCUGGGCUGAUCAGCCGGUGGAUGCGACCGAGAAAACCGAGCUCCGGCAGAAAAUCGACGAACUCACAUCACAACGUGCCGUUAUGAAGGAGCAUUACGAUGCCAUGAAUGAGAAGUAUAAAAAAGCGGAGGUGGAGACGCGGCAGAUCUCGGACAAGAUUACGGAAUUACGGUCCGCGAAAAGCGAGCUACAGCGCGAGUACACAAGGUGGCAGACGCUGCCGGACAAGAUAGAGUCUGAAAGAACGGCGCUCAGACGCACCGAAGAAGAGCUCACAGAAUGCAAAGGCCGCAGGCUCGAGCUCGAAAAGCUCCAGGACCAAAUCGCUCUCGACAAAGCCAAGGCCGUUCUUCAGCACCACAGGCAAAUAAUGGGCAUUCGGAAGGCGCGUGAGGCACUGUUAGAAGCACAGAUCGUUCUCAUGGAAGCAGAGUCAGAACUGGGUGUUCUCAAGGCUAAGAACUCGGAAAUCACCCAGCAACUAGAGGAAAGCAAGAGGUCACUCAAGCAGAUCAUCGACGAACUGAACCAGCAACGCAACAUUGCUGCCGAGGCCAAAGAGGAAGCUGUUAGCAUUCUGACGGAGGAGAAUAAAGACGAGUUGCGGGACAAGGCGAUGGGCAAAACGGUCGAAGACAUUGACCAGGCCAUUCAAGUGGAACAGACGAAGCUCGAGGUAAUUCAGGCCAGCAAUCCCGCGGCGCUGGAGGAGUAUGAACGAUACGCGGCCAGGAUUGAGAGAGAACGGGUCAACCAGGCGAACCACGAGAUCAAGAUGGCAGAGCUCGACGAACGCAUCCGCCACGUCAAGAGCCAGUGGGAGCCCAGGCUGGAUCAGCUCGUCAGCCAGAUCAACGAUGCCUUCAGUUACAACUUUGAGCAGAUCAGCUGCGCCGGUGAGGUGGGCGUACACAAGGAUGAGGACUUUGAGAAGUGGGCCAUCGAGAUCAGGGUCAAGUUCCGUGAGAACGAAACUCUCCAACGCCUGGAUCAGCACCGCCAGUCGGGCGGCGAGCGGGCUGUUUCGACAAUCUUCUACCUCAUGGCAUUGCAAUCGAUGGCCCAGGCGCCGUUCCGCGUUGUGGACGAAAUCAACCAGGGCAUGGACCCGCGCAACGAGCGCAUGGUACACGAGCGCAUGGUCGAGGUUGCCUGUCGCGAGCACACGAGCCAGUAUUUCCUCAUCACGCCCAAGCUACUAUCGGGCCUACGGUACGACGAGCGGAUGCGCGUGCACACCAUCGUUAGCGGCGAGCAUGUCGACAGUCGGGGCACCGAGAAGAUGAAUUUUGCGAACUUUGUCAACAUCCAACGGAGGUUAGCAGUCCGCUAAGCGGAAUCGACGAAACGAGCUAGACGGGACGGGUUGGGUUAGAAAAGGGGAGAGAAGGGGGGAAGUUGGCGUUUUCAUGAUCACGGCGACAUGAGUGGUAAUGAUACCCAGGUAUACGAUUAUGAUUAUGGCUCAAGGUCCUCUUCGUCCGGUAUUCUGUUGCUUACUUCAAGUUUCCACAUCGCAUGCCUCCACGCGUGCGUCAUGUCCAGACCCGCGCUAAGGGUGACGACGGUUAGGGGUGGGCCCGCACGUGGUGGGAGCCAAGCGAAGCCCACCGGCGGCCAGACCCGACGGUUAAUGACGUCAUGGCGUGUUCGAUGCGACCCUGGGGGGACGAAGCGCAGCGGCUGAAUGACUUGGCUGCAACUGGCCCUCUCUCCAUGCACCGUCACGCUCUGGCCAAAAAAACCG